AAACAGCGAUUAUGGAUCAGUUGAAGACCAUAAUGACGCUCCUGCAAGAUCCUGGAAGGCCGGCAGCAGAUUCACAGCCACAGCCACAGCCACAGCCACAACCGGAAGAGGAGGCUCGGACACCGGAAGAUGACUUCAUUCUCCCAAAUGAUUACCAACCGGAUGAUGAUGACAUGUUCUGUACACCUGAGAAGACGAAUAUCACCAGCAUCGGGGAUACUCAGGAUUCUGAGGUCCAGGUGUUAGAGACAGCUCCAGAAGUAAUGGAGAACCGGAGGAAGAGAAGGCGGCCUAGGUGGUUCGCUGAGUACACUGAAAUGAAGAAGAAGGCUAGGGCUACUUCGACACUCGUGAAUGCGGACCCACUUAGAGUGGUUGAUCGGAAGCUGCUCAAGACUUUUCACAAUUGGGUACUCGGCCAGAUUGGGAACAAUUACCCGAGAGAGUGCUUCACCGGUCGAUACCAUUCGUCUUGGUUCCUCGAACUGCAUACUCCGAAAUUUUGGCUUGGGAACGAUCAUUUGGAUGCGGCAUUCCAUUUGAUGAGGAGGCGGCAACACUUUUAUCCCGAGUCCUACCCGAAUAGAUGUGUCAUAAUGCCGUGUAUUUUCCCAGCAGGAGUUAUUGCUCGGUGGGAAGCUGCGGGUGAUGACCAGGCUAACUAUCAGUGGGACGAGGGCAUAUUAGAUUUGAUCCGAGGGGAUGAAAGUCAAUUCUUGGCCAGUUGGAAGAACAAGGAGAGAAUAUAUAUGGCCCUCUACUUCGAUGGAGCAAAGCAUUGGGUGGCAUUAGAGAUAGAUCUGGAUCAUUGGUUGUUGAACAUAUUUGACUCCAGCCUCGGAUCGAUUUCCACGAACGAAUUGAACCGUCACCUAGAAAUGUGGGAAAAAUUACUACCAAAUUUGCUGCUGCAGGCUGGCCUAUUCGAGAGUCAUGACAUGAUCCUCUUGCCUCAACUUACCGCCUCAGAGAGCCAGGUCAGAAAUUUCACUUCAAAAGUCAUGGAUCGGGCCGUUGUUCCACAGACAAAGACAAGGUAACUUAAUUACAAUUGAUUUUUUUGUUAUUUAACUUGAAUUUAAUUUGCACACUUUUAUUCAUUUACUUUUUAUUG